UGCAGCGCUUUAACGCUAGCACAGCAGGCAGUUGCAGCAGCGAAAUGUCAGAGAAUUGUAACGUUGGUAGGGUGUUUUAGGUCGAAGUGGCCUCCUACCGAAAUGAGAUAACAUGGACAGCGUAACGACGGAUUGCUGCUCGGCUGAGGAGGACGACUGCUCAGACUCGGAGGUUUUAUGUCUCAUGAGAGUCGGGAAAAACUCGGACUGGCUCCGUUUGUUCGAAAACGCAGAGAUCACUGUUGGACGGGGCGUAGAGGUAACCCACCAGCUGUUAUCUUCAACCUGCCCUCUUAUGAUCUCCAGAUUGCACUGUUCCUUCAGGCAAAAGGAAGACGGCCAGUGGACAGUGACAGACAAGAAGAGUCUCAACGGUGUGUGGGUAAAUGGAGAGCGGAUACCUGCUGAGCAACCCCAUCUGCUCCAACUCGGAGACUCCAUCCAGCUUGGAGUUCCUUUAUUAGGGACCAAAGUGGAAUUUGACUACAUCCUCAUCCAGCGGCCCCUCAAAGACAUUAAGCCUUAUUUGGUAAAGGAACAUAGAGAAGAUACCAAAGCGGCCCACACACCCAGAAAGUUCAAGAGAAAGUUGGGCGUAGAAGAGGUCGAGCCUUCUACCUCCAAGCACAAGCUCUACCGCUGCUCUUCUGCAGAUAAAUCGUUCGCAAAGCCCUGUCCUCUGUCUCCUGUGAAAGCAAGGCGGCAGCUCAGUCACACACAGCCAGAGGAGACAGUAACCAGCACAAAGGAGCAUGAAGGAGCACUGCAUCCUUCCGAUGGAUCCAGUUCUACCUGGGACCUCGACAACCUGCAAAUGUACAGCCAGAACAUCCUGCUCCUGAGGGAGCAGGUUAGCGACACGCAGAGGCAGGUCGAGACUCUGGAAGGCGAGCCCAGACAGGCGGACCCUCUCCGGGGAGAGCAGGUCCGGGAGCUGCAGGGUCAGCUGGAGGCGCUCAGAGCCAAGAUGCACCGCAUGGAGACGUUAGAGAAAUCCUUCAGUGAAACAAAGAGGCAGUUAGAGGAGCAGAAAACCCAACAGCAAGAGGAGUUAAUGAAAAAGCAGCUUGAAGAGGCCUUACAAGAGCAAAAAAAAGUGAUAGAUGAACUCGCCCUCUCUCGAAAAGGCUUUGAAGAAAUUAUAUUGGCUAAAAACAAAGAGCUAGAAGUAACAAAGGAGGAAAAAGAAAAGGCGAGAGCACAGAAAGAAGAGGUAGUCACUCAAGUUACUGAAGUCCUAGAGAACGAGCUUCAAUGCAUCAUCUGCUCAGAGCUCUUCAUCGAGGCCGUCAUCCUGAAUUGUGCCCACAGUUUCUGCUGUUACUGCAUCAAGCAGUGGCGCAAUAAAAAAGAUGAGUGUCCCAUUUGCCGCCAGGCCAUCCAGUCCCAAACUCGAUGUCUUGCUUUGGAUAAUUGCAUCGACCGCAUGGUGGAGAACCUGAGCCUGGACAUGAAGGCCCGGCGGCAGGCCCUCGUCACUGAGAGGAAAGCAGCCGCCAUCGCCGAGGUGAUGGUGAUCCACGAUGACGACAGUAGCAGGACCAGUGACAGUAGCAUGGUGUCCAUAAACAGCAGUCUCAGCUCGGUGGUCUCUGUGGAGACGGACAGCAGCAUCCAUUUGGACUCCGAGGACAGUUUUGACGAGUUGGAGGAUUAGCCCUUUCUGUUUUUGUUUUUUUUCUUAAAUGUGAACAGGACUCUGUAGAGUUUUAGAAUUCCCUGGAAUGUUCUGGGGAGGUUUAGGAUAUUGUACAAAACGUUUCGGUCUCAUCAUGAGUCCACAAAGUGUUCCUUGAGUUUGUUUUUGUAAUGAGGCCAUUUUGAGUUUUUCUGUGAAUUUUCAGCGACAGGAAUAAAGUUUCUUCCUAUGCAUUUUCA